GAGGCUGUGGGGUUGGGCUGGGGAAAAUGGAUUCUAGGUGCCGUGCAAGGCAUUGCAGACCCCCUUCUGGGAAGGGCUUCGCUUAUACAGGGGACCCUCCGGGGUCCCUCCUGGGAAGAGGAGAGCAGCAUUUUGCAUGUUCACCCAGCUAACGGCAUUUCUUUGUUUUCAGUCGAGAGGGAAAAUGUGCAGAAGAGGACCUUUACGCGUUGGGUAAAUCUGCAUCUAGAGAAGUGUGACCCACCUCUAGAAGUCAAAGAUUUAUUCGUUGAUAUACAAGAUGGCAAAAUCCUAAUGGCUUUGUUAGAAGUCCUGUCUGGGCGAAAUCUGCUGCAUGAGUACAAAUCCUCAUCCCAUCGUAUUUUCCGGUUGAACAACAUAGCAAAAGCACUUAAGUUUUUGGAAGAUAGCAAUGGUCGUAGUGAGAUGGUCCUCCUUUUACGACUGAGGAGCUUGAGGGCUGGAGAGGAUACGGGACUUGUCGCAGCAAGGCCACAGCACUGGGAAUGCACGGGGGGCGGCCAGGUUGUGACCUUGGCUUUUGACGGCAUGCCCUGCCUGAUGGCCUGUUUUGACCCUCUCUGCAGUGUGCGGUAUGGCGUGGCGGUGCAGGACUUCACGGGCAGCUGGAGAAGUGGGAUGGCCUUCCUGGCCGUGAUCAAGGCCAUCGAUCCCAGCCUGGUCGACAUGAAGCAGGCCCUGGAAGACUCCAUGCGGGAAAACCUAGAGAAGGCUUUCAGCAUCGCGCAUGAGGCCCUUCACAUCCCCAGGCUCCUGGAGCCAGAAGACAUCAUGGUUGACACGCCUGACGAGCAGUCCAUCGUGACUUAUGUGGCACAGUUUCUGGAACAUUUCCCGGAGUUGGAAGCCGACGAUUUUGUGGAUUCUGACAAAGAAGCCCCUAUUGAAUCCACCUUUGUCCGCAUCAAAGAAACUCCUUCUGAACAGGAGAGCACAGUCUUCCUUCUGACUGAAAAUGGGGAGCGAGCCUAUACCAUUAACCAUGAAGCCAGCCAACCACCGCCCUCCAAAGUCUUUGUCUGUGACAAGCCCGAGAGCGGGAAGGAAUGCUUCCUCAGUGGUGUGUCCAGCAGUGCACUGUCAGACGGCUCCGCCGAGUUCAUGCACCAGAUCAUCGACCAGGCCCUCCAGGGGGUCCCAGGUAAGGCCAGCAACACCAAUGACCCAUCUCCAGAAUCUUCCAUUUUGUCAUCCAGAAAGGACAGCCGGAGGUCCAACACUUUGCCAGUCAAGAAAACUGUGCACUUUGAGGCUGACACCUACAAGGACGCGUCCUGCAGUAAGGACCCUUUCUACAGUCAAGACCUUCGCUUUGAAGGGAGCCCGAAAGGGACAAAGGACUCAUUGCUGAAGCAGGAUGGGUACAUCCUGGCAGUUGAGACUGCUGAGGAAAAGCUGAAACAGGAGGCCCCAAAGAUUUCGGAAGCAGCCUCUGAUGAGUCCCCAGGGGACAUCUCUUUGGUGGAUGGUAAGAUCAGUCAUUCACAGACUACCCAGAAUUCUCCCUCCUGGAAUGGGGAGCCAGAGGGUGCAGCCAGCCCAGGGGAGGUGAGUCGUCCCCUUUCACUCCUCGGGGACGACACUGUUAUGGCUGAUUCCUUGGAGAUCAAGGUCAAGCUGCUGACCGUAGAAGCUAUGGGAAAGGAAGACUAUUUUGAAGGCAUUCCUUUAAAAGCCUCUAAAUUUAGCAGCGACCUAAUAGAUUUUGCUUCGACCAGCCAGGCUUUCAAGGGGGUUCCUUCGCCUCAUGAGAAAAAACCAGUGGAGGGUGAGGUUUUGGAGGACCAGCCUGAGAAACUGGGGAAGAGGAGAAGUAAGUCUGCGCACCAGAGGAAAGAUUCGGAUGAGUCCCCAGAGAGGCCCGACAAGCUUGAACCUCACAGGGACCCCAGGCAAGAAGACCAAGGCUAUUCUCUGGCCCCAGGGGAGGCACCAGUGGGUAAGAAGCCAGAGGUGUAUGAGAAGCCCAAGCGCAAGUCCACGCGCCGCCGUCGGGGCAAGGACGAGGGGGAGGCUGCUGGGCCGCAGGGGCUGGGGCCACAGGGGCCGGAGCGGGAGCUGCCCUCCGAGCCGCCGCCGAGCAGCAGCGUCAGCCUGGAGACCCUGCCCAGUCACCAUGAGGAGGGCCUGUACUUCAAGGCCUCCCCGCCGCUGUCCAAGGUCUCAGUCAUUCCCCACGACCUGUUCUACUACCCGCACUACGAGGUGCCCCUGGCUACGGUUUUGGAGGCUUACGCGGAGGGCGCAGAGGAUUUGAAAAACGAAGACCUGGAUCUCGAGGAGCUGGAGAGCUAUCUGUGUGACGUGGGGGUCGGGGAUGAGGCCGAGGAGGCCGAGGAGGCCGAGGCCUCUCGGAGCAGCUGCAGCUUCUCAGGGCUGGCCGAGGACGUCCCCAAGGCCAGCAUCCCCGUGGUGCCGUGUCCUGACAGGGGUGUGGAGGACGCCAGACCAGCCUCAGAGCCCACCGACCCGUCCCCACCAGAGGACCGCCAGCGAGGGGGGGCCGAAGACCGUUCCCCUGUGGAGAGCCAGCAGUCCCAGGAACUCGGAAACUCGGAAAACUUAGCAAACUCUUUAGAAGAAAAGGUAAUGGGAGAAUCAAUCAGCAGUAAAAAAAAGGAGAAAAGGAAGCAUGUGGACCACGUAGAAAGUUCAAUAUUUAUAGCACCCGGCACCGUCCAAUCCUCAGAUGACCUAGAAGACGACACUGGUGACCGCAAAGUCCUCUCCAGGACUAGUCACAGUGACUCCAGCAUUUACAUUCGACGACAUACUAACAGGUCUUUGGAAUCGGAUCAUUUUAGCUAUGUUCAAUUGAGGAAUGCAGCAGAUCUGGAUGACAGAAGAAACCGAACAUUAACCAGGAAGGCCAACAACUCUGGCGAAGCCACAUUGCCCGAGAGCCAGAGCCCCGAGAGCGACGCUCUGACUCAGUUUGCCCAGCAGCCGGAUAUGAUGUAUUUUAUUCUCUUCCUCUGGCUCCUGGUCUACUGCCUGCUGCUCUUCCCCCAGCUGGACGUCCACAGACUCUGAUGCGCGUGUCUGCAUAAUAAAAACCGCCAGGCCCCUGGCCGGGGGGCGGGAGCUCUUUCUACUUCACUUUAUUAGGGUUUGGAGGGGGGCACUUGUGCGGACGGUGGAGGGCCUCAGGGAAACAGCCGCCUCUCCCUGCUUCUCCAUGUUUCCUUUCUGUCGUGUAAGUGCUGAGCUUGCCGUUCUCCUCACCUGUGUCCUCGACGCCCAGGUGUGGGGGGCCCUGGAUCGUGGGUGGAGCUCGUUCCUGCGUGCCCUGCUUUGUCAGGUCGGAAGCAGCCUUGCUAAUAUGUAGCCAUAAUCUGGGUCCUCGCUCGUCCCCCAUGCAGGUGUUUAAGGUCCGGAUGGACUCGAGCGACCUGCCUCUCGGAGGACGGUCCUCCUGAUAGGAACGAGGGGCGAUGCCCCAUGCAGGACCUCCACUGGGAAGAAACCUGCCCCAUGUUCCUCCCAGAGCAGGGUUUGAGUGAAGGUGCUGGGUGUCUCUGCACCUGUCGUGGUCUGGCGGUGGGUCUGAGCAGCACUGAGCUGCCGGCUUCAGGAACGCGCGUCCGGGAAUGGCAAACCCCGAGAAGGAAAGCGGAGGCUGUGUCCUGAGCUGCGAGCUGCGGUGCACUCUGUCACCCUAGUGUUUGGAGGGAGCAGGGGAGCGGAGAACGUAAAUUCAGUUUUGCGUUGAUUGGAUUGAGGUUAAAGCUGUGAUUUUCAAAUGUUUUCCCCAUGGAAUCCUUUCAAGUGACUUUUUAGCCAGGGGAGAAUCUAGAUGGUACAGUAAAAGCCUCUGUGAUCUCCAGGGCCCCACAGGGCACUGCCCAAAGCUCCUUAAAAGCCCGGAAGGGGCGCGCAGGGGUGGCUGGGCUCACAGUAAGUCCCGGCUGACAUUGGACCUGGGACGUCAGAUUGGCAUCCUUCGUGGUCGGUCAUAAUGGGAUUCUUGAAAAGAUUUUCUGGAAGGUACCCCGAGAAGUAGACCAGAGCGGGCUGCUUCUUUGUGACAAGACCUCCCCCCACCCUCCCAUCUUCCUUCUGCCCCGCGCCUCCCCCAUACCUCUGUUUCCCGCCAAGAUGCACGCCCUGGGGCCCUGGUAUUGCUUCCUGCUUCCAUCGCCCUCCAAGCGGUACCCGUAAAAUCACAGAUCAGUAGGUCAGGAGGGGCCCUCAGACAGCCUCUUGUCUGCUGAACCCAGAGACACAGAGCAGGCUGACCAAGGUCACACAGCCAACCAGGAACAGACUUGCAGGGGCACCCAUGCCGCCUGAUGCUUGGUCCAGAGCUGUCCUCUCUUUAUGAAACUUGUUUUGGGCCCGUGAGUUUCCUGGAAAAAAAAAGAUUAAAUGAUUAGAUAAAAAUGUCCUCAUUUAAACAAAACCAAAACUUGGGGCCAGCUACAGCCUUUGCUUUGAGCUCUUAUUUUCCCCAUGAGGAAGAUGCAUUCGCUUUCACACUCGUCCCCUGUGACCUCUGGAGUGCCCUUGACCGCUGGGACAGCUCGUCGGCUGUUCCUCCUCCAGAGAUCACAGCUCUCUGAGCAAGCCACAAGGCUUGCUUAUUUCAAGCAGUGGGUUUCAAGUUUACAGAAUUCCAGCAUGGCCAAAAGAAUUUACAUAGCACAUUUUAAUCGAUGACAGCCCAAAUCCCAUUCUGGUUAUGGCCUGCCUUCUCUCCUUCUUAGUUCUUAGAACAAAUCUGAGCAUUCCACGCCGAAAGCUGUCGGGAGCUUGGAGCGGUUCCAUCUUGAAGGCCAAGCGUCCCAUGGAGAAUGGGCUAAUUAGUGAGCUCCCUGGCAUCAUUGAAAGCUCAGAGGUACAGAUAGUAAAGAUGACUUGGGUGAUAUUUUAUAACCCUGAACACCGCGGGGUCCUUGCCUAAACUAGAUGCUGGAAGAGCCAGGGAGCAGCCAACCCAAACACGAAUCAUCUCAUUUUACGGGGCUAGACCUUGUUCAGAAAAAUCUCUGCGGGCUGCUUCUGUCACCCAUUACAACGUGUAAUAUUGUUUAAAACCACCCAGUGGCAAGAUGCCUAAAAAUCGUUGGGUUCCAGUUGGCUGUAAACAGAUUUCUUCUUUAAAGGCAAAAAAAAUUCCCCUUUGAGUAUAGGCUUCUCUGGAAGAGGAAGUUGGAUAUAAAAGGUGGAUAGAGAAGCCUACAGGACAGACCACCCCAUGGCUUUGAAUUGUUUUUUAAGAAUUGAUUUUUAAUUCCUAUCCAAGUAACACAUACUCAUAGUUUUUGAAGAAACAAAUACCAUAUGGCUUUUAAUGAAAACUAGCAGUCCCCUAAGUCUGGUUCCGUAGAAGCAACAUUUCAGCCCUUUUAGCUAUUGCUUGCUAUUUACUUUCGCAUUGCUACAUAACAUGCUUAUGCUUAUUUUCCCUUUUUAAAUUAGAAACACCUGCAACUUGCUAUUAUGGUAGAUGGGCGUCUUGCCCUUCCCCAUCCCCCACUUUGUUUCCCUGAUGUGUUUACAUCACGUUAUUUCAUGCGUGUCUAUUCAGUGUAAGGGCAUAAGGACCGUUCACUCCUGAGCCAAGGAGUGAACUGUUGUAACAUGCCCUUUCUUGCCAAAUUUUCCCCCUGGGUUUGAUCAUCUUUGUUUGGUUUUUUGAACUGUUUUGGUUUUUUUUAUUUUUAUUUUUUGGCGUGGCACGUUCUUUAGUAACUUCCUGAGGAAAGGGACAUGGGAAGUAAAUCUUGUAAAUUUCUUGA